UCCAUUAAGUAGCCAAAUCUUUAUUUAAUUUUGUUUUCGUUUAAAGUUUUCCUUGAUUCUAUGUUAAUAUGGCUGGUGAUAAGAGAUUGGAUGUUCCCAAAAAAGAUGAGAAUCCAUGUUCACCUGAGGAAACGAAAAUGUUUGACAAGAAAAGAUUCAAGAUCGGAGAUAAGAUCAACUUUGGAAACUUCUCAAAAGUUUAUUAGGCCAAAUAUCUUGUUAAAGAUAUCGCUGUUGAAGUGAUCGAUUUAACUAAAACCUCUUUCGAGUAUCGUCAGAAAUUUUCGAGAACUUGACACUCUCCAGACACUUCGACAUCCAAAUAUUGUCACAAUUCAAAAAUUAUGACAAUAAGCAACAAAAUUUUUAUAAUGAACGAGCAAUUAGUCCCGAACUAUCAUCAGAUUCAGGACCCGAAUCAACGAUUCCAUUAACUAAUGAUAAUGGUUUUCUCCCGAUAAUUGGUAGAUUUAAGAGACGAGUCUUUAAUUCAUCAGGGAUUAUCUCACCUAAUCAAGAGACUUCAUUCAUGAGUAAAUUUUUAAUCUCUGUCAUCUGGGAAUUAUCAGCAUAUUAACGAAAAAGAAUUAAAAAUCAACUGGAUUAAAAUUGAUUAUUCCACGAGACGCAUGACCAAUAUUCGGUUUAUGGUAAAACCGCUUCGCCGAUCAAUAAAUUUGAUUCGGUUAACCGAUUUCAGAUCAAUUUCUCUCUGAUUGUAAAACCUUAUUUUCGCCUUGUGAUUGUCAACAAUUAAUCUUUUUACACAUUUAACUGUCAAUUGUAUUUUCGAUUGAAAAACUAGACAACAAUUAAGGAGAAAUCGUAAGUAAACCAACUAGAGAAGAGAAAACCAAAAUAAUCUCAUUUUGAUCUCAGAGAAAAAAAGACAGAGAAAAGACAGAGAAAUAUUUUCUUCUUUUCUCCAAUGAGUCACCAAACUCUUUUGUCUAUUUGAGGUUAAAUCUUAUGUCAUGUUGAUCAAUUAUUUUGAUAAUCGAAUCAAUCGAAUAAUGAACAUUGAACAAUUCAAUUCCAAGUCAAUCACUUUGUGAGUCUUGUCUAUUUUUGGUUUUCCUUUUCCUGCCGAUUGAUUUUCUGGUUGCUUGAUGAUUUCCUUCCUGGGCCUUGCCUUUGUUUAUCUCGUCUAAGCAAUUGAAUCAAUAUCUCUCAUUCCUAAAUCACAAGAAUCAAUGUUUCCAUGAUGUUUAGACUUAAUUGUUAACUCAGAUGAUCAGUCGACAAUCUUAGUGAAUUAUUUUUCUAUGUCAAUAUUUGAAAAGAAUCAAAUUCAUUCAUGUGUAAGGAGAUUAGUCUAAGAUUUGCUGAAUCUUAUCAAGCGCAAGUCUAUGGGAUAAAUUUUUUAAAUCCUCUAGUCAUGUUUUGUUUUGUAUUGAAUACAGUCAAUUAUGAAGUGAAGGUGAAAGUUUGACCUUUGGUUUUUAUCGUCUUCAAUAAUCGAAGUGUAAAUAAGUUUAUUACCAUGAUGAACAGUCUUAAUCAAUCGACUCUUUCCUUUGGAUCUAAUCUUUCCUCUUCUAAGGGAGGUGGAGGUGGUGGAGAUGAUGAAUUGGAUACUUGUUCGAUAAUUAGUUUUGGUUCACAUCGAUCAUCAAACAAUAAGUUCAAUUCAAAUGUUUACAAGAAUCAACAGCAACUGGAAAUCAAAGCAGAAACUGUUUAUUCACUUCUCUCCAUGUUAACAUGUAAUAACGUUAAGGAAGAGAUGUGUAACAAAUUUUACUCCAUGUCGCUGGAUAAACGGAUCUCUUUGGAAAUGAGAAGCCACGGAUGUAUACCCUUGUUAAUCCAAUUGAUUCAUCCAAUUGGAGAGGAUACAAAGCAUCAUGAAGAUAAUUGGGAUGAUGUCAAUUUAAAUUCAGAAAAGGAUGAUGACGAUAAUGAUUAUGGUAGAUUUGGUGACAACUCAAAUGAUGGGGAAAAUAGUGAAUUUGGAUGUGCAUCGAGUUUGGAUUUAGAGGAAGAUAAUCUUAAGGAACUUGAUAUACGUAAUAAAGCUUGUAUUGCUUUGAGAAAUAUAAUCAGAUACAGUGAAGACACGAAAGCCGGUAAAAAGGAGAUGAGAGUUCUUCAACUUUUAGAGGAAAUUCGAGGAUUUUGUGAUAAAUUUAAACGAGGAAAUGGUGACCUGAGUGUAUCAAUGGCUCAUCCAGGAGAAGCGACAUCACAAUUGAUGAAAAUUUCCUUCGAUGAGGAACAUCGAAUUGCUAUUUGUCUUCUUGGUGGACUUCAUGCGAUCGCUGAGUUAAUCUUUUUCGAUAACAAAUAUCAUGGAAACACAACUUCACCUCAAUGUAUUACGGUUCGUCGAUAUGCUUUCAUGGCCUUAACUAAUCUUACAUUUGGUGAUGGAACCAAUAAGUCAAUUUUGUGUUCGAAUAAACUAGUCAUUCGAAGUGUCAUUGAACAAUUAUAUUCGCCGUCAGAAGAGCUGAGGCAAGUCACCGCUUCCGUUUUAAGGAAUCUUUCUUGGAAAGCCGAUGAUCAAGGGAAAGACACCUUACGAGAUAUGGGAGCAGUGCGAUUACUGAUGCGAGCCGCACUAGAGGCAAGAAAAGAAUCAACUCUCAAGUCCAUAUUAACGGCAUUAUGGAAUCUGUCAGCUCAUUCGACAACAAAUAAAGCGGAAAUUUGUGCUGUUGAAGGAGCGCUCAAGUUUCUAGUCUCAACUUUAAACUACCAAUCACCAAACAAUACCAUGAUUAUCAUUGAAAAUGGCGGAGGAAUACUGAGAAAUGUGUCCAGUUAUAUUGCUCGACAUGAACACCUUCGGGCUAUUUUACGUGAACAUGAUACUCUUUCCAUACUUCUUGAACAAUUAGAAUCACCUUCAUUAACAAUUGUCUCCAAUGCCUGUGCUACUCUCUGGAAUUUAUCUGCUCGAUGUAUUCAAGAUCAAAUGAAACUGAUUGAAUUAGGUGCAAUUCCAAUGUUACGUAAUCUAAUCAAUUCGAAGCAUAAAAUGAUAUCAAUGGGAUCAGCAGCAGCUCUUAAGAAUCUUUCAUCAGUUAAAAAUUAUCAUGAAAUGAUUGAUUCAAAUUGUUUCUCAUCCUCAUCACGAAAUUCAUCUUGCAAUUCACCAAGUACCACAAACACCACAAGCGCUUCAACAACUCCCACCCUUUUGGCUCGUAAAUAUAAUGGUUUUCGUCCUGAAUUAGAUGAUAGUUUGUCUGAAACAUGUGAUAAUCUGGAAUCUCCUAAAUCAAGUCCCGCUCAUGUCCGACGAUUUCAUCCACCACCACCGAUCACUCGUUAUGAUUUACCCGACAGAAUGUACACUUCAUUUACUGUACCCACUCUCUCCAAUCCUUAUCCUUACAUGUCCAAAUCAUCAAGUAAGGACAGUCUUGGAAGUACUCACUCAGAGCCAGUAUACUAUCCAUUUAACAAUCGAUCAUUAAAUCAACAAUCAACACUCACUACCAACAACAGUCAACCACAUUUGGAACCCGCUCUUCCACGUUCAUCAUUUCACGGUUUUAAUCCUCCGCCUCCACCUCCAUCACCUUCCACUUCAACUAUAAAUUUCGCAAAUGAUUUAAGUCAUCUUUUCCACGCUUAUCCAAUCAAGGUUUCUGACGUGAAAGAGAAUGAUAAUAUCUCUACGGUCACCGUACCAACUACUCUGAUAAAUCAGAAUUCUGAUCUUUUCGAUAAGAAAAUCUUGGAAAGUGCUCGACGAAAUGUAGAAAACCUUUUAUCUUCUCCAAAUGGACAAUACUUAUCUUCAUGUAUCAAUUCCCAUCAAUUUGGAGUCAAAUUUACUAAUAACGAAAAUACAAUCAUUGGGAUUAAACCCAAUGAACGAUUAUUACCUCGUCGUAAAUCAAGUACCGAUGGAACUGAGAUUGAGAGUCAACUGUUUCGAUCUGCUCAUCCUGAUGAACCUUUGAACUAUCGUCAAAACGACUCGACUCAUAUGUUGUCCAAUUUAUCUGAAGAUAAUUUAACUAAAUUUACCCAUCGAUUGAACUACAAUUGUUGCAAACACGAAACGCAAAACGAAAACGAUUUAUCAUCAUCUCAGUGCAAUUUAAUUGACUUUUCACCAUCAAAUGUAACCAAAAAGGUUAAAAGUGAGGACACAAUUGUCGAAGAGAAUGAAGAAAAUUUAGUAAAAGAGGAAAAUCAAAUGAUCAAUAGCAAUGAGAAAAGUCUUUUGGAUGAUGAAUUGUUAUCUACUUCAACACUUAAUCGUUCCAUUAGUUCAACAACCAACAAUCAAUCAAUCAACUUUGGUGAAAACUGUGUAACAUCAAUGGAAGCAACUCCAAUAAUGUUUUCACGAACAAGUUCACUUGGUUCCAUCUCGGGAUUAGAAAUUAAAUCAAUAGGAACUUCAAUUUCUUCAGUUCCUUCUGAAUUCAGUAAAUUUACCAGCGACCCUAUUUCACCCACUGAUUUACCCGAUUCACCAACACAAACAGAACCCACGACAAUAAUUAGUGGAGAAAUUGAAACUCAUUACAAUGUAAAACCAUCUCAACAUUCAUCAUCCAAUCCUUUAUCUAGUGAAAACAUUCACUACUUUGGUCAGACUCGAAUGAUUUUUGAGAAGCAACAUUUAAAAUCUCUUGAGAUAAAUCAAAAUAAAUCAUCUGGACUAGAUGAAAACCCAUCAAUUCAAAUCAAUGAAACCAUUACGACUAAACUUGAAAAGGUAACUCAAAUUAUUGAUCAAGUCCAAGAAUCUUGUAUUAAUAACCUUGGAGUUUACGAUUCCAAAGGAAUCAAGUCUAAUGAUAACAAUGGCGAGAUGCUCAAUGGACCUCCUCUUACAUCAACUCAACCAGAAUCAUCAGUUUCAUUAUAUUCACUGGAAUCCCAUGACAUUAGCAAUAUAAAACCACCUUCAUGUAUUGAUGAAGCUUCAUUGAGUUUAGAAUCAUCUAAUUUUCCAUCAUUAGAAUUCACAAAUACCAUGGAACCCACUAAACCAGAACCACCCAAAAUUAUUUCGACUAUUUUAUCAACUGAACCUCGAGGUAAAAGUGCUUUCAAUGGUAUUGACACUUUCCUCGAAAGUACUAACCCACCAUCGGACAUGGAAGCAAUUUCUGGUCUCUCAAGUAGCUGUGGGUCACUUAAUUCACUUGAUUCCGAAUUAAAUGAUUUCAAUUUCCCAAUAGUUAAAGAAUUUGAUCUUGAGGCAACCAAAUUAAUCAAGAAACAAACGGAGGAUAUUAUUCAACUCACAGAAUCUCAUAAUAUGGAUGAAGAUCAAUGUUCAACCCCUACAACAACAACAUCAACAACACCAUCGAUUAAUAGUAUCUUACCAAAGCCGAUAUUUCAACGUAAUGAUACAUUUAAUUGUGAUGGACAAAAUGAAUCUGAAGAUGAUUCCAGAGCAACUUAUAUAUGUUCACCACGACGGGCACGAAUUGUCAAACCAGUUCUACGAACUCAAUCAACUAAUCAUCCAAACAACAACAAUAAUGAUAACAAAAUAAUUCGUCGUUUUAAUAGUACAUCAUCUUCCAAUAGUAGUAAAAUUGCAUCAAAUGAAUCGAAUAAAAAUAAAUCAUUGGUCAUCAAAGGAACUAAAACUACUGCUCUUCGAGGUAAUCGAUCAAAAUCAACCUCAGAAGGUCCCAGUGAACAGAAGUCAAUAGGAACUUCAAGUUCAGUUCCAACAACUCCAGUAAAGAAAUUAAAUUCUACUAAUAAUAAUGACACUAAAUUCUCAUCAAAAACUUACGUUGUUCGUAAGAGAACCGGUAGUUCAACGAUAACCAAUAAUAACACCUCAGAAUCUGAUACCAACAAUAAUAACACUUAUGGUUAUAAAAAUCGUUCUCUCUCAUCAAAUAAGAUGUGCAAUUCAACUUCCAUUCACAAUAUUACCGAUAAAAUGUCCGGUAACCUUCAAACAAGUUCCUCUGUUUCAACUGGUCAAUCAAUUUCAUCGUCGACAUCAUCAUCAGCCCUUCAUCUGAAUAAACGAUGUCCAGUUCAAAGUAAAAUUGCAUCACUUUGGAAAAGAUCACAUGCAGAAAAAGAAAAUGUCACUAAUCAAAGUUACAUUCCAGCUAAAAAUGACAACAAUUGCAAUAAAAAUGUAAACAACAAUACAAUGUCCAGGCCGAAUAAAUUUGGUUCGAGUUUCUCUCAGAUAAAAACCUCACCAUCGAUUCAUCCCUCUCCAAGUACACCGUUAGCAUCCUCAUCAUCAACCAGCACAACAACAAGUUUAACUCGCAGUUCAACCUAUGAAAAGUUACCUUCAUCUCCUAACGAAGCGAUAAAAAUGCAAUCAACCACCAAUCGAAAGGAAAACAAAGAAACAAGUACCGUUAGUCGAGUUCCUUUAACCAAAAAUCGUAUUCGACCAACACAAGAUCAAAUAACAACAACAUCUCUUACAAACAAUAAACAAUCAAAAGUGAUAACCUUACGAUCAGAGACUAAAAGAAAAGGAUCAUUGAUUUAAUAAUAAAUCAACCGACCACCAUCAGAAAAACAUAAUUAUACAAUUAAAUUGAUCUCAUUUAAAUGCAAGUCAAAACUUACAGAUGAUUAAUUUAACUUAAACAUGCAUUAUAAUCAAUAAUUAACCCACCAAAAUUUACCCAAACAAUUGAAUUGAUCUCAAACCCAUAAGCCAAAAAAAAUGUGAAUCAGUAAAUUUUGAAAUACUCAUGAAACCAAAAUAAACAAUAAAAAAAGAAACACUUUUAAUUGGAAACAAUUGAAAAGUUAAUUGUUUCAUAAUA